AUGUGUUCGUCAGGAAUUUACCUGAGAAAGAAUUUAGUGCUUCCAGCGGGGAGAGCUAUAGUUGUUGGUUGCAUUUGUGAAAAAGUUCAUUCAGAUGACUUGAUAGCCACACUUGUACAACAGUGUCACCAAUCCCAAUUUACUGUGCAAAGAAUCAUUGUGACCGUUGGGGAUAACGAGGCCUUGCUCUUUGAAGCCUUAAAUGUGAAUGAUGAAAUUCAGAAAGUCCUAUCCAAGUACGAAGAAAUGAAUAAAUCCUCAGGGAUUCCCCGGGAGCCAGAACCUGCAAUGAUAUCUAUUGCUGUUGAGCCUGAUGAAUCGCCUCGUUUAGGCAAAGAAGAGGCCCUGAUAAGAAAACCACCGAGCUCUCAUGGUGGAGCCACUAAGAAAGCAGGUGGAACAUCUGAAGUGGGGCAUGAUACAAAAAAACAACAAUCAUCACCAAAAGAUGAUCUGAUCAGCUUUUGA